AGUUUUUACACCGCGGAUGCACGUUUCAGUCCUCCGUGCAGAGCAGCACAACCGGGACAUCUGCGUUUUAGUGCACAAGUGCGCGCGCGCGCGAGUGUUUUUAUCAUCUUCAUAACAUUGCAUUUAUUUAUUUUACGCUCUGAAACUUAAAGGAGGUUUAUAUACAUACAUACACAUGUGAUGGUUUAUUCGCCGCACGCGCAGCACCUGCGAUACGAUGCGUUCACGCGCGGUGUGUGAGCGGCGCGCGCGGCACUGACACAAAAGAGGAAGAGGAGGAGGAGGAGGCGCGCUGAAGGACGAAGAGGAGUGAGAGAGUGAGGGAGGAGAGGAGGCGAGGAGAGGAGGAGGAGAUCGGAUGCAGUCCGAGUCCAAACUCUCUGCGCACGCGAAACACGCCAAGCUCCACGCGCUGCAAGGAAGGACGCACGCGCACGCGCGCGCACACAGAACAUCCUCUUUUUUUUUUUUAUUCGUUCUUAGGUAUAUUUUGAAUCCAAGAAGGAUCAAAGGAGAAAAAUAAUAAGAAGAAGAAAGAAGAAAAAGAAGAAGGCGACAAUGCCGUUUCAUCCGCGUCCCUUUGUGCGCUGGAGAGUCGCGCAGAUCCUCGCCUCGGUCUGUCUUCUGUGCGUCGGAUUCACCUGCACCGGAGCGGAGCACGCGGCGACGGUGACGCACCCGCUCCCCGCCGCCUUCUCGGACCUGCUGCCGCACUUCCUGGUCGAGCCUGACGACGUCUACAUCGUGAAGAACAAGCCGGUGACGCUGACCUGCCGCUCGACGCCCGCCACUCAGAUCUACUUCAAGUGUAACGGAGAGUGGGUGCACCAGGACGACCAUCUGAUCGAGCGCACCGUCGACCCGGCUACAGGUUUCCCAGUGAUGCAGGUGAAGAUUGAUAUCUCGCGCCAGCUGGUGGAGAAGAUCUUUGGGCUGGAGGAUUACUGGUGCCAGUGUGUGGCCUGGAGCACAACAGGAACUCAGAAGAGCCAAAAGGCUUACGUACGCAUUGCCUAUCUCAGGAAGAACUUCGAGGAGGAGCCGCUAGGCAAAGAGGUGGCGCUCGACCAGGAGGUGCUCCUCCGCUGCCAUCCUCCAGAGGGCGUCCCGAUCGCAGAGGUGGAAUGGCAGAGAAAUGAUGAGCUGAUCGACCCCAAGGCUGACUCCAAUUUCUUCAUCACAGCGGACCAUAAUCUCAUCAUCAAACAAGCCCGGUUGGCCGAUACCGGCAACUACACCUGCGUGGCCAAGAACAUUGUGGCGCGACGCAAAAGCUCCUCAGCCGCCGUGAUUGUCUACGUGAACGGCGGGUGGUCCACGUGGGCCACGUGGUCGGCGUGCAGCGCCGUGUGCGGACGUGGCUGGCAGAAGAGGAGCCGGAGCUGCACUAACCCCGCCCCCCUGAACGGAGGCUCCGCCUGCGAGGGCCAGAGCGUCCAGACGAGCGCCUGCACUGCCACCUGUCCAGUGGACGGAGGCUGGAGCGAGUGGAGCAAAUGGUCAGCGUGUGGCGGCGACUGCACCAUGUGGAGGAGUCGGGAGUGCACCCAGCCCGCGCCGGGGACCGGCGGCAAAGCCUGCCAGGGUCUCGACCUCCAGUCGCUAAACUGCACGAGCGAGCAGUGCCCACAGACCGUGUCUGGUGCAGAGGACGUGGCUCUCUACGUGGGCAUCGUUGCCGUGGCGCUGUGUCUCACUCUGCUGCUGGUGGUCCUGGUCCUCGUGUAUCGGAGGAAGAAGGAAGGGCUGGAUGCGGACGUUGCCGACUCAUCCAUCCUCACGACCGGCUUCCAGCCUGUGGGCAUCAAACCCGCCAUGCCAGGUGUGUGGGCACCGGACCGGGCACAGCGCUGCAAAAACUCUCACCUGCUCACCAUCCAGCCGGACCUCACCACGCCCGGAUACCAGGGCUCGUUGCGUACGCGCCAUGACACGAAUCCCAAAUUCUCCCUGAGCGACGGCCCCCUACUGGAGCCUCUGGCUAACGGAUCGCACACCAUGGCCAAUGGCAAAGUGACCAGCGAGAGCGGACACCUCACCAGCCGUCUCACCACCCAGAGCUACUUCAAGACGCUCCCGCGAGACACCGUCCACACCUCCUACGGCACCUUCAACUUCCUGGGAGGACGGCUCACCAUCCCCAGCACGGGGAUCAGCCUGCUCAUUCCUCCCGAGGCCAUUCCCCGAGGCAAGAUCUAUGAGAUUUACCUCACCGUGCAGAGGAAGGACGAUGUGAGACUGCCCCUGGCUGGGUGCCAGACGCUGCUGAGUCCGGUGGUGAGCUGCGGCCCGCCGGGCGUCAUGCUGACUCGGCCCGUCAUCAUCAGCAUGGAGCACUGCUCGGAUUCCUGCGUCGAGCACUGGGCCAUCAGGCUGAAGAAACAGACCUACGAGGGAACCUGGGAGGAUGUGUUGCUGCUCGGAGAGGAGUUGGCGUCUGAGCCGUUUUACUGCCAGCUGGAGGCCGAGACAUGCCGUGUGUUCACCGAGCAGCUCGGACGCUUUGCUUUGGUCGGAGAGUCCCUCAGCAUGGCCGCGGCAAAACGCCUCAAGCUGCUGCUGUUCGCCCCGGCCUACUGCUCCACGCUCGAAUACACCAUCCGUGUCUACUGCACUGAUGACACACACGACCUCAUCCAGGAGGUGAUGCAGAUGGAGGCGCAGCUUGGAGGUCGCCUCAUAGACGAGCCGCAUGUCCUUCUGUUUAAAGACAGCUACCAUAACCUGCGCCUUUCCAUCCACGACCUGCCACAGGCCCAGUGGAGGAGCAAGCUACUCACCGCCUACCAGGAGAUCCCAUUCUAUCACAUCUGGAGCGGCACACAGCGGAGUCUGCAUUGCGCCUUCACGCUGGAGCGGUUGAGCGUGAGCACGUGCGAGCUCUCCUGCACACUGUGUGUGUGGCAGGUGGAGGGCGAAGGCCAGAGCUUCAGCCUCGACUUCAACAUCUCCAAGGACACCAGGCCACUGGAUGCCGAUCUCCUGCUGGUGGAUAAGAGCAGCCCGGCACUGGCCGGCCCGAGCGCCUUUCAGAUCCCCUACCUCAUCCGGCAGAAGAUCUGCAGCAGUCUGGAUGCGCCGUGUCCCAACGGAGCCGACUGGAGACUCCUCGCCCAGAGACUCAAACUCGACAGACACAUGAGCUUCUUUGCAUCCAAAGUGAGUCCGACGUCAACCAUCCUGGACCUUUGGGAAGCUCAGCACUUUCACAGCGGCAACCUGAACCAGCUCGCCGCCAUCAUGGCCGAGAUCGGCAAACAGGAGGCCAUGAUAUUCCUGGUGUCCGACGGAGAGUGCUAACAUACUUACACACAAUCACACACACACACACACACACACACAUAUAUACACAAACAAAGCCAGGAAAGAAGCCUCCGAAAUGCAGGAGGUCAAAAAAAGGUCUACUAGAACCUGGAAGGACAAAUCGAACAGGGUUUAGCCACCAAUACGGUGUGCGGUGACUAUAAAUACACACAUGCAACGUACAUUUACAUCCAGCAACGAUGUAUAAAACACUCACAGAUGUAGGUCCGGCCCUGUCACACAUCACACUUUUUUUUUAUUUAUCGUCAUGUUAGCUACACCUUUAUCUGAUUAAACGAACAAAGGAGUUGAAAUAAGUGCGGGAUUUUUACAAAGGCAAUUCAAAAGUUUGGACAAAAUGAGGACAGGGGUGG